GAUUUUUUUCCUUUCUUACUAGAAUAUUCUAUCAUGUUAUUUGUUUAGGAAAUGCUAGUGUUAUAAUUUUGUUAACUAACUUGCUAGUGUCCUUUUUAUUGUUAAAGUGGCUUGUUCAUCUAAAUGGCACCAAUUGGAAGAAAGGCUACAUUUCUUCCACCAGGGAGACUUGGUUUAAGUCGUAGUGUAGGUUCGAAAGUUUCUUUUCUUUCUGGAGUAUUAGCUAAAGCACCCUCAAAAACUACGACAAGCAAUGAUAAUCCAGAUGCAAAUGUUCCUACUAUGGUAAGUGAAGUGAACCAAGGAACUAUCAAUGAAGCAUCCAUGGAAGAGGAUAUGUCACAUGCAAUUCUCCUUCAAUCUCUUCGUGAGGACGUCGGGAAUGAUGAAAGUGAUAUUAUACAAAGAUCCAUAAAUAAUGCAGCCAUUUCUGACUUCCUUGAGCAGCAAAAUGCUUUACAAGAUGCCUUGACGACCCAAAAGGAAGCACAUAACCCUACAUUAAGGAAGAGAAACAGAAAACCGGAUGCAAAGCCAAGAGGUGUCAACAAGUGCAAGAAAGUAGCAAAUCUUAAAGACGGGGAAAAGUUGGAGGUUGAGUUUUAUAUGAAUGGUGCAGUUGGUGAUAACCAUAAAGAUUUGACAAGGCACAUGGGAAAACUUGUUCGAGAUCGUAUUAUAUGUCCAGUAAGAGUGCAUACAUGGGAUGAGAUUGAUAAUAGUGUAAAGGAGCAUAUGUGGCAAUCCGUUUUGAACAAGUUUGUUGGUAAAGGCUUUGAUUUGGAUCGUAAAACAACUAUUGACCAUCUGAAAAGGUUAUGGCAAAAUUGGAGAGGAAUUUUGAAUCAAAACUCAAUUAUUCGGAAAGGUGGUCUGGAAAAUGCAUUGAAUGAAACGCCUAAUGAUUUAACACCUGCUGAUUGGAAAUGGUUGGUGGAGGAACAUUUUUCAAGUGAAGCCUUUAAGAAGUUGAGUUCUAGAAACUCUGGCAAUCGAGGCAACUUAACAAUGCUACAUCACACUGGAAGCACACCUUUUAGACAAGUUAUUUGGGAAGAUAUGGGUGGAAAGGAAGGAAAAUAUCUGCCUCCGAUAUCUGCUGUUUUUAAGAAAACCAGAGAAGGAAAGUCCGGCAAUUUAAAAGAAAAUGAUGCUACCAAAUUGGAUGAGAUAGUAAGUGUCGAAAAGGAGAACCCUUCUCUUUCACAAUUUGAAGUUGUUGAAAAAUUCUUUGGGCCACAAGAUCGUGGUGGUGUGGUUUGUUUUGGCUUUGGAAUAAGACCCAAAGAUGUACGAGGCCCUUUACCUACUAGAGCAGAUCUUACAUCACGGGCCCAUGAGAAACAAAAAGAAAAUGAUGAUCUUCGAAAACGCAUGGAUGAAAUGGAAAAAGUUCGUCAAGCAGAUCUUGAGAAGAUGAGUGCUUUAGAAGAGAAAUUCAACUUGUUCCUAGCAGCCUAUAUGCAACAACCUAGCUUUGGUGACCAAGAAAUUCCUGAUGAUAGUUAAAGAUUAAGGUAGUUGAUGACUAUAUAUUAUAGCAUUAUAUUCAGCAUAUAUAUAAUUUUUCAAGGCUUAACGGAGAGGGCUUAAUGUGGAGAUUGGUUGUGUCCUCCAUCUAAUUGUAGCUUGUAAUAUUUUGGCAUACUCUAAUUUUAGCUUACAAAUGUAAUGGGGCUUGUGUUUUUGUAUUAGUAAACAAAAUAUAUCAUUUUGUUGG